ACCAUUCUACUCGAGACCGGCGUGUCGAACGCACGCGCCACAUAACGCUCUAAACGCGAAACUUCACUCGCUCCCGAUAAACCGUGAAUUGAAGUGGUGUUUUGGAACAUUUCGUUUAUUUAUUUUGCUUCUUAUUCGGUUCCGCGAUACAGCUCGUCGUUCAUCUGACAGUUUUGGUUUUUAUUGUUUUGUGUUGUUUAUUUUUGUUUUGUGACUGCACAUUGGAGGUGUUCGGUUUAUUUUCAAUACGAUCGUCUUUUCACGUUGUGCGGCUGCGGCGCGCUAAAACGGCGCCGCGAUAAUGUAACCGGCGCAGGCGAAACGUCUCCCUUCAAGGUGUUUGCAAUGUGGUGCACGUGGUCUACUUUACUGCUAGUGUCGUGUGCACUAGCAUCAACUGGUGCAGAGGUCGAGACCACCCACGUUCCUAAUAUCGAGACGACCACAAGUCAACCCGCUGAAAGUGUUACCGAAAAGGCAGCCAACCUAGAGCCUGACGACUCGACGGCAGCUGAAACUCGAUUAGCUGUAGCAACCACUCGCGCGCCGCUGCGCACUCUUGACAGACAAGCCGCUGAACAUGCCUGGCGCUUGUGGCUCCAAAGCGCGGAAAGUGGCAACCAAAAUGCACCCCCUAGAAGAAUUACUACGAAGUCUUUAUUCAUCACUCCUCUCGUAUGUCCCAAGGGCCAGAGACUCGACCGAAAUGGUUGCGUUCAGGUGGUAACUGUGAAUAAAGACGAACACGAGCGUAUUCUUCUAGAACAACUAAACGCGCUGUUCUCGUCACCAUCCACUGGCGACGUAUUAUACGAUUACGGCGACGAAGAGCCGGGCCCGUUGCAGCUAUCAAUACCCAUCAACUUGGAGCCACAGGCCGCACCACUGCAAAAUAACCAGGAGCCAUCUGCUCAGGCUCAACAACUGCUGCCCAAUUUCGUUAAGAAAGGUGAAAAUAUACCUAAUAACGACGCGGGUAUCGAAGCUGAAUUAGAAUUAUUAACAUUACAACAUUCUAACAACAACUACACAGACGCAUCAGGAGUAUUAAACCACAACGUAAUGAAUACUCUACUAUAUAAUGGAGAUAAACCUAAACGUGAUAGUCCAACUGACAACUCAAAUACAACAAACCCAGCGGACGAGUCUGUAACGGGACAAAAGGAAUUUGUUUACGGCCAUGUCAAUGUUGACCCUAUACUUUAUAAUAUGGAACUUAUAGACCAGAAAACCUCAAAUGAACAUAUCGAUAAGCCAAUAACUACAAAUCAACAAAAUAAUAUAUCUCUGUCUGACGGAUUUGACAGUAAAAAAGUAAACAUCACAGACAGCGAACAUGACAAAAAUAAAACAGUGACAAAUUCUACUACCAGCAACGGUCUAAAUAAGAAUGCUGACCAAAGCAAGCUAAACCCAGAAAAUGAUUAUUCUGACAUAGGUGAAGCCAUCAAACUGAUAAGUCGCUAUGCCGAGGUAUCAACGGACGACAAUUUUAAAAGUGAUCAAAAGAAAUAUGAAAUUAAAGAAGAUGGUAUUCUCGGAACUCGUACAAAACUACAGUAUCGGCGAAAUAAACCUAAACCGACAAACACUAAAGAAUCUAUACCAAAACAGAGUGAAACGAAACAGUCUCACACAGAUCAAUUGUUUACUCAAAGUUUUUUACCUAAGAACGAGCCAUUUUAUAGAUACCCAUGGCCUAGUCAACACUUCCCAACCCCACCUCCAAAUUAUCCUUUCCGUCAUGUACAAGAUUAUUGGCCUGGCAAAAGUCAUAUUGGCGGCGUAUACAACACUCAUGAAAAUCCGAGACGACACCACCAUUCGUAUCCGCACUAUCUAAGACCUCAUAAUUAUUAUCCAGAAUUACAAGAACCGUACUCCAAUCAUUAUCAGGAAUAUCAGACACACAGGGUCGUUCAAAGGCACACAAAACCGUCUCGGUCUCCAGCUAAUAACCAAAAUCUAUACAGCCUUCUCGGUUUGCGACACUGGUUUAGUAACGAAGAUAUUUCCAAAAGAUAGCUUGUUUCUUUUAAUUAGACAAUUGAUGUUACCCGACGACGUGUAAUGGAAGCUAUGGAUUUCUAUGCUUAUAAUAUGCAUAAAUAUAAACGCACUGCGUACCCAUACAUACUCCUUAUUAACCUUACUCGAAUCUGAAGUGACCAGUAUUUGAUAAUAUUAUUUCAAAGUCGUUCAAAAUAAUUAACUCCUUUAAUUACAUUUUAGGCUGUGGUGGAACUAAUCAUGAAAUAUCAAUCAAUCUAUUUUAUCAAUCAUUUUAUCCAUGGCUUUCAUUAUACCAUUAUUUAUUUCAAAGCCAAAUAUUACAGUCAUAGUUUAGUACCUUGUUAGACGUUUUAAAUUAAUGUAAAUAUUAUGUCUUUAAAUUAAGUGUUUUAAUUAAUUUGCUGCUGAAAUUGUUCAUUUAGUAUUAUUUAAAUUGUUUCAUAAUUUUUAUGUUAAAUGUAAAUUGUUAUUUUUAACUAAUGUGUCUUUAUUAUUUGCUAUAUUUUUAUAAUUUUUUUCGUUGUGAGUGUAAUAAUUGUCUAGAAAUAUAUAUAUAUAUUUUGAUAUCUUGUCGGUUACAUUCUGUUGUAGUUCUUUGUUUAGUAAUCGGCACUGGUUGCCCUAUUAAGUAAAUAUUAUGUGUAGGUAGUCGACAAAUGUCAGAAUAUAAUUUAAUUUCGUAUUAUAUUUUUAGUUCAAAUGUUAUUUCUUUACAAUAACCAAAUUUCGGACAAUUGAAACCCACCUACAAGAAAAUAAUUGUUUUCUCGUGUUCUUGUAAUUCUAUCGCUUUGCUGACGGCAGUAUUACUAUUUAUGUGGCGAAGGUGCCGGUAUUGAAUUUUAUAAAACCUUUUCGGAACUCAUUAGUGUAGAUAGUACUAUUAAUGUUACCCUGUAACUGGCCGUACUUAUUCUCGUUUUAUUACAAUAUGUUUUAUCUGCCAAACAAAAACCGAUGAUGUCUAGAGAUUUCCCUUGUUCGUUGUACACGAAAAAUUUAUAGUGAGUGCACAAAAUUUUAUAAUGUCUUCGUUAUGGUAAAUCAUAUUUACUUUUUUAAUUCUCUUCUUUGAACCUGCUGACAUUGGAGAUAAAGAAAAUUAAAGAAGGAGGACAAAUGCUUACUAAUUUACGAUAAACUGUACCUACGUACACUGGGUCGAUAACUUCUUUUGCCAAAAUUGAACAUUUAUAUAUGACUAUUAAAAUUAAGAU